GCGCGCGGCUCCCGAGCCCGCUUGUUAUGGUCCGCCUCUGUGCUAUGGACCAAUCCGCUUCAGCUUCCUUCUUAAUUUUACCCAAUCCGAGCCGGAGGGCGGAGUUCCAGCCGACCGUGGGCAGAGCGUGUUUUUUCUCCAGCUCCAGUGUGGGGUUUGCUGCUGAGUUUUAUGUCCGUGGAUGUUGCUACUGUCAUGGAGAAGAUUGCGGACCAGUUUGCGAACCUGCGUAUUGUUAGACGGUCCUCGGAACCGACAGAGCCCACUUACCUGCUUGGCAUAGACACAGCGAAGACUGCACACGCAGAACGAGGAGGCUUGGUUGCUGCUCUGUGUUCAAAUGGAUGGAUAAGAAUAUAUGAUAAAGAGACACUAAAUCUGCUACGAGAAUUCAGUGGCUCUCCUGGGCUUCUGAAUGGAGUCAGGUUUGCCAAUUCCUGUGACAGUGUCUUUUCUGCAAGCACAGACGGCACUGUAAAAUGUUGGGAUGCUCGGUCAGCCAGCGAAAAGCCUGCGCAGUUGUUCAAGGGUUACCCUUCCAAUAGUUUUAUCAGUUUUGAUGUCAACUGCAAAGAUCAUGUCAUUUGUGCUGGUGCUGAAAAAGUUGAUGAUGAUGCACUGUUGGUAUUUUGGGAUGCAAGGUUCACAUCUCAGGAUCUGUCUCCUAGGGACCCACUCGGUGCCUACUCAGAGACACACAGUGAUGACAUCACUCAAGUGCGUUUCCAUCCCAGCAAUCCCAACAUGGUUGUCUCAGGGUCAACUGAUGGUCUGGUAAAUGUGUUUGAUCUCAGUAUUGAUAAUGAAGAGGAUGCAUUGGUUGCCACCUGUAACUCCGUUUCAUCAGUGAGCUGUAUUGGUUGGUGUGGAAGAGAUUAUAAGCAAAUUUACUGCAUGACACAUGAUGAAGGGUUCUGUUGGUGGGAUCUUAAUCACCUGGAUACAGAUGAGCCAAUUACAUGUUUGAACAUCCAGGAUGUGAGAGAGAUAACGGAUGUGAAAGAAGGUCAUUUGGACUAUCUGAUUGGUGGCCUGUAUCAUGAGAAGAUGGACAGAUUGUUUGUUAUUGGAGGAACCAACACCGGAAAGAUUCACUUACUGAGCUGCACCGCGGCAGGACUGAGCCACGUGACCAGCCUUCAUGGUGGACACACAGCCACUGUCCGUUCUUUCUGUUGGAACGUGUCCGAGGAUUCUUUGCUGACCGGAGGAGAAGAUGCACAGCUAUUGCUUUGGAAACCUGGAGCUAUGGAAAAGACCUUCACAAAGAAAGACAGCUUGAAAAUUGCAUCCUCUGUGCAGCAGCGAGUUCGAGUCCACAGCAGCGAUUCUUACAAGAAAAGGAAACAGCAGUGACGUCAUGCUGGGAAUUUGAAGAGCUCAUCCAGUUUUAAGUCAUUUUUUGCUACCUUUAGUCCGUCCCUUUAAAGCUUAUCUGUAAAAGCAGGCAGCUAGCCCCACCACCACCCCUCACGAAUAUCGAGAAUGGUUUAAUUCAGGUUCAGACAUAUUCUACGAUAUUUUUAAAGCCUCCAGUUGAGUAUAAAAAUCAGUGACUUGACAGGGAAAUUACAAGCCAUUUUGAAACCCAUCUGUUGAGUUAGUAAAUGUUAGGUUUGAAGAAAUAGCUCUGAAGAGGAAUCUUCUGUAGAGAGCUGUGGAGGCAAGGGAGCGGGUGGUUCGGGUUAUGGGUUUAAACUCAGCUUCUUACGUUUGAAACGACACGCUGUGUAUACGGCAUCCGACUGUUUGGUCAUUUGAAGAGCACUUGCCUCCUCACUACGCUUACUGCAUCACCUCGGGCCACCGAAAUCAGCGCGUUCUAGAGAGUCCGAGCAGAGGUUUACUUUUUAGAAAUAAAGUAUAAUAUUUUCCUAAAAUGAGAAAAAUAUAUUUGAUAAUUACUUGUAUCUGUACUUUGUUUUUUUUAAUUAAUCAGGAGCAUCUGUACCUUUUUUUUUUUUUUUUUGGUUUUUUUUUCAA